AUUGCAUCAUGCAACCGCGCAGUUGUUAACCUCUGAAAAAGUUUUGAGACUCUUCAUUAAAAAUAAACUUUAUCAAAAAUAAAACAGAUAAUCAAACAAAAACAAUAAACAACUUGCAAUGUGAUUGAAUAUAAUAUCUUAAAUGGAAUAAAAUAAGGAAACUUUGGAAAACUUUGAUCUUUAACUCAAGAUGAAUCUUUUUUGUCCCAUUUGUUCUGAACCCCAAUUAAAGACUGAUAACAUAGUAUCAACACAAUGUGGACACAUAUAUCAUCGAAACUGCAUAGAAAAUUGGUUAAAAACAAGUUCCAAAAGUUGUCCAACCUGUCGCACUGGAACAAAUAGUUGUAAUCUUAUAAAAUUAUAUUUCGAAGUUGACGAUAGCAAGAAGGCUUUAGUUUUUGAUGAGAUUCUUAAAAAAAAUGAUGAAAUAUCAGAAGAAUUGAAAUUUCUAAAACAAGAAAAAGAAAAGCAACAACAGAAAAUAAUAAACUUAGAGCAAGAACUGGUAGAAAGUUCUAAGAAAAACAAGAAAUAUGAACUUCAAAAGCAAUUAGAUGACAAAGCAUUGGCUGGAUUCAGAAGCUUUUUAAAAGAUUUGGAAGAAAGAAUUGUUAAUUUAACUGCAAGGUUUGAUGUUGAUAAAGAAAAUCUAAAAAUUGCUUCAAAAAUAAAUCUCAAUAAUCCAUCAAAACCGUUGACAAUUGGAGCAAGUUUAAAAAAGGACUAAUACAUCAUCGUGCAAUCAAAUGAACAAGAAACCGACUGGAAUCUCAUCUAAAAGUGUUCCAACAGAAAAACAUGGAGGAGAAAGUGCUUGGAUCAAGGUAAAAGUUUACCACUUCUUCAUAGGCAUUCAUCUACCAAAACUCAAACCAAACCUCGAACCAAUUACUGAGUUUGAAAUCAAACGUCAAACACCACUCGGCCACCUUAUGAAGGCUUUUUGUGAUCAUAUGGGCGGGCAAACGCAUUGGAAGAGACAACUUCAAUUCAAGUUCAAUGGACGUCAUAUCUAUUUGAAUGAUACACCAACAUCACUUAAUAUGGAAGAAGGAGAUGCGAUCUCAGUUAUUAUUUAUAUGCAAUCAAUUUAAUCUAAAUGUGAUUAAAUUUAUAAUAUCAGUUUAUCAACAAAGAUGUGAAAAAAGACAUUUUUCAUUGCGUGACCGUUAUUAGAAAUGUUUUCAGAAAUUUUCAUCUAGUAAAAGAAAAUUUUCAAGGAUUCCAACUUAUGUUUCUUUAAUACAUUUUUCGCAAAUCGUUAGAAAAAUUACCCAUCAGAUUUUAUUCACUAUAAAAAAAAUAAAGAAAAAAUGCAAAA